GUAACACCUGUCACACAACAUCAGUUUGCCUGGAGCGUGCCUCUCUUCUCUUCCUAUAAAUACAGACCCAACACACACCUGAACACACAUCGCCCAUUUCCACACCAGAAUAACAAUCUCACCACAUUCUCCAACACCAUGUGUGACACAGAAAAAGAGAAGAAGGAGAAGAAGGAGAAGAAGGAGAAGAAGGAGGAUGAACACAAGGAGGACUCCGAAAGCUCUGGAUCAGAGUCCGGAUCAGGCGAGGAGGGAGAGAAGGGGAAGGGAAAGGGAAAGAAACAUGGGAAAAAAGGCAAAGGACAUGGACACGGUCAUGAACAUGGACAUGGACAUGGUAAAGGCAAGCACGGAAAAUGUGAUGACUAAAGAAGUGCUCCACAUCUUCUCCCUGAUACUGUAGUAAAUACUAAUGUCAAUAAAUGAGUCAACAAAUUA